GCAGAAUCCUUAAAUCACACCAUCGAUAGAUCCAUCCACGAUCAUCCUUCAGCGAAACACCCCCACCACACCAUCCAAAAUGCCCUCUGCCCUCAACACCCUCCUCACCAAAUCCACCACCAACCACCUCUGCAAAGCCUUCGGCAUCCGCCUCACCACCAACCCGCAAAUCGUCCAACUCGCCAAAAACUCCGGCUUCGAUGCCCUCUUCAUCGACCUCGAACAUUCCACCCUCUCCCUGGAUGAUGCCAGCCAGUUGUCCUGCGCGGGGCUGCUGAAUCAGAUUACCCCGUUUGUGCGCGUGCCGUAUCAGUGCGGGAAUGGGUUCGUGCAGAGGGUCCUUGAUGGGGGGGCGAUGGGGGUGAUUUUUCCGCAUGUUAGUUGUGUUGGUGAUGCGAAGUCUGCGGUAUCGAUCUCGAAAUAUCCCCCCCAAGGAACGAGAUCUAUGACGGGCCAAUUGCCCGUUUUUUCUCUCCAGGCUACGCCGGUGGAUCACAUCAUCAACGAAAGUAACGCCACCGCGUCGACCGUCAUCCUGAUGAUCGAGACCAAAGAAGGAAUUGAGAGUGUAGAGGAGAUUGCAGCGGUAGAUGGCGCGGACGUCCUUCUCGUCGGGUCGAAUGAUCUGGCGAUCGAGUUGGGAGUUCCUGGGGGCUUCGGGACGGAGGUAUUCCGUGAUGCGCUGGUGAGGAUUAGUCAGGCGUGUCGGAAGUCUGGCAAGGUGAUGGGUUUGGCGGGCAUUUAUGAUAAUUGGGAGGUGCAGCAUUGGGCGGUUAAUGUGUUGGGGGUGAGGUUUAUGUUGUGUGGAUUGGAUUCGGGGAUUCUGGCGUCGGGGGGGAAGAGGUGUGUGGCGGGGGUGCCGGAGGUGGAGUAAUUCCCUUUGGAAUAAGAUGUAUUGGGUGCUGUGUAGGCGAUAGGAACUCGUUGGUAAAAGAUGCUGGGGGUGGAUUGUGAGAGAGUAAAUGUCAAAGCUACUACCACAGGCUCAAAGGAUAUAUCAUCGUCAAACUCAGGGCACUGAGCUAUAUUGGGCAGAUUGAUGUCCAUGUUGGCAAUAUUUUGAGGCUGAUGACCCUGAACUUGAAAAGAUCUAAUUUGC